CUCUCGCUCUCUCGCUCUCUCUCUACUUCUCCCCUCUUACUCGUGGCUCCCUAACUCUCCCUCUACAGUCUGCUCCAGCUCCGCCUUGCUGCCGCUUAUAGUGUUUUCUAUCUCCAGUCUUGACUUAACCAGCCAGGGAAGAUGUCCUCCAACCCAUCCUCAGGAACAGGGUCUGAACCUGGGGCCAAACCCAAACCCCAGUCCCCCUUGAGGAAGAGGGGUAGCCUGCAGUACUCAACCAGCCCAGUUGACCGCCGUGGUGCCCGCCACCUUCUGACUUCCCAGCAUUCUUUGCCAGGGAUCCCUGUGGUGCUGAAACAGACAAUUGACCUACGUACCUCCAUGGACGGCAAGUACAAGGAGAUCGCUGAGGAGCUGUUCUCUCGCAGCUUAGCAGAGCGUGAUACUGCAAUCAGCGCCCCUUAUGAGUUCCUGAAGACAGUCCCAUAG